CCCGACUGCCUCGCCGACAUCCUGUCCGCUCAGCCUCGUUCAACGGCCGAUGUAGCACACAACCGCUUCGAGCAACACUGUCAAUGUCUUCCCAUCACAAACGAAGAAGACAUUCUCCCGAACCUGUGACCCAAUUGGGUACCGAUGGACGCGAAAGGCAAUGCACAACCCGUGGACAGACCGAAGAAAUCCGCCCCAAGAAGAAGAGGCAGAAAUCACACAACUCUAUGAGCGUAGACAUGCGCGUACCACUGCCCUCUAUCUCUAGUUCGUACAGGCGUAGCUCUAUCCAGGCGCCGACAAAUCAACGCAAAUGUAUGCAGGCCGCCUACGGAUCGCCCUUGGCGGUUCUCAUUGGUUUGUCGAGAGAUCGUUCAACAAUAUCGUUGUUUUCGGUGAGUCGAACGAAGGCAUAACCUGGUUAGACCACCUUCGACGACGCAUGAGACACAAUCCACCUAGACUGUACAAUUUCGCGGCCCCCGCUGCAACCGCCCAAGACGACCUUUCGGAUCAACUGAUGAGCUUCUCCAGCAAGCUCUCAAGCAAAAAUAAUAGCGAGAAGAGACUAGCGUUGGAUCCAGAUGAAACGGUGUACAUUGUGUUCAUCGGUAUCAACGAUUGCGGAACCACCGAGCGUGAUGAACUUGAACCCGUCAUUCAGGACAUCUUUGACUCUGCCCUUCACGAUUUAUAUGUCAGGGCUGGAGCCAGAAAUUUCAUCAUCUUUGACGUACCACCCGUCGACCGUUCACCUCAAGCUUUGGAGUCAGAGUCCUCGGAUCUGAUAGAAGAUCGUGUGGAGACCUGGAACGAAACAUUGCAGACGCAGACGACGGAGUUCGGGUUGUCUAGCAAGGAGGCCACAGUAUUCCUCUUUUCUGCCCAUCAAGUGCUCACAGACGUGCUCGACGACCCCCUCGAGUACGAGUUCAGUGAGGGCGACCCGGCCGAUGAGGGUGGUGGGAUCUGGGUAGACGAAUUGCACCUGACAUAAGAGGUUCAUGAUAUCUUGGCUGAGCAGCUAUUGAGAGCUGUGCUCAAUAGCGUCCCUGACGCGUAAUAUGCCAUUAG